AUGUCGCUGCACGGGAAGCGGAAGGAGAUCUACAAAUAUGAGGCGCCUUGGACCGUGUACGCCAUGAACUGGAGCGUCCGGCCGGACAAGCGGUUCCGUCUGGCGCUGGGCAGCUUCGUGGAGGAAUACAACAACAAGGUGCAGCUUGUUGGUUUGGAUGAAGAGAGCUCAGAAUUCAUUUGCAGGAACACCUUUGAUCACCCCUACCCUACCACAAAGCUUAUGUGGAUCCCAGACACCAAGGGAGUAUAUCCAGACCUGUUGGCAACCAGUGGUGACUAUCUGCGAGUGUGGAGAGUGGGCGAAACAGAGACCCGGCUGGAGUGUUUGCUGAACAAUAACAAGAACUCUGAUUUCUGUGCUCCACUAACGUCAUUUGACUGGAAUGAAGUGGACCCUUACCUUCUUGGUACCUCUAGUAUUGACACAACCUGCACUAUUUGGGGUCUGGAGACAGGACAGGUUCUGGGAAGAGUAAAUCUGGUUUCUGGCCAUGUGAAGACCCAGCUUAUUGCGCAUGACAAAGAGGUGUAUGACAUAGCAUUUAGCCGUGCAGGUGGUGGGAGAGAUAUGUUCGCUUCAGUUGGUGCAGACGGCUCGGUGAGGAUGUUCGAUCUCCGUCAUCUGGAACACAGCACCAUAAUUUAUGAGGACCCACAGCACCAUCCUUUGCUGCGUCUCUGCUGGAAUAAGCAGGAUCCCAACUAUCUUGCUACAAUGGCCAUGGAUGGCAUGGAGGUUGUGAUUCUGGAUGUCAGAGUUCCCUGCACUCCUGUUGCCAGGUUAAACAACCACAGAGCAUGUGUAAAUGGAAUUGCUUGGGCACCUCAUUCUUCCUGCCACAUUUGUACAGCAGCGGAUGACCAUCAGGCUCUCAUCUGGGAUAUCCAGCAAAUGCCUCGUGCCAUUGAGGACCCUAUCUUGGCCUAUACAGCCGAGGGAGAAAUCAACAAUGUACAGUGGGCAUCAACUCAGCCAGACUGGAUAGCUAUCUGCUACAACAACUGCCUGGAGAUUUUGAGAGUGUAACAUUACUGCUUCAUGCCACCUUGAGGCAGGGCUGUAUAAUUUCCCCUCCCCUCUAAAGUAAGAACAACACAAGUCAAGUGGCCAGUAUCUGUUGUUGCUUUGCAUCUACUGUUACAAGAAACUGUUUCAAGAAUCAGUGGCAGGUGUCUCCUGUCUCUCCAAGACUCUAAAAUGCAGAGACGUGCUGAGCCUCUUGGACCUUCUGGGUUCUGGUUUCCUUUUUUUUUUUUUCCCCCCUCCCCUCAGUUAAAGUUCUGUAUAUUUGUUUGUUGACUGUAUUAAUAAGCUUGCAGGCUUUUAAGUUGCUGCAUAUGUCCAUGUGUUUGUCAGCCAGCUGAGGCAGCACAUCCAACUAGUUUAAUAGAUGCAAGUGCAAACAAGGUGGGGAAAAAGACAUUGAUGUUAACAGCCACCUUGGCAGGAGUCUUUAGCAUUCCUGUUGUUGCUGCCUCUAAACUGUUUAAACAUUUGUAUGUUUUUUAUAUAUUGGGCUAACUUUCUAUUGAGUAAGGUUUUUCUCCCUAAUUCUUACUUUUGAUAUGUGAUCCACUUCCGUAUGCCCAAAGCAGGAUCUGUUUGUUGAUACCAACCACAAUAACUGCAGGCUCCCUGGCAGUAAAGGCCUGCCAGAAUCAACUGUUGCCUUGGCUCUCUAUACCUGGUUACCUGGGCAGAAUUUUCUGGUGCUGUGAAGUCCAAGUACUUGUUGCACAAUUUCUUUACACUUUUCUGAUGCUAGAGACAGCUGUUAAUAUGGUAGGCCUUAUUUUUAAAUUAAAACGGAAUUUGUGUGUAUCCUGCAGUUGUGUUAGCUAACAGAAUGGGAAUAGGUUUCAGAAAGAAGAUACGUGCAUGACUUAAGCUUCCAGGAGAUAAACGGCUCCUGAAGAAAUGUGAUUUGUAAUGGUUUUGGGAUUGAUACUUCCAAUCAAAUGA